AAGUCGGUGCGCGGCGAUCGCGGUGGCGCGGUGGUUGUGUACCUUCUUGUGAGUUUAGACUGGCGGUGGUGUAAUAUUGAUAAGACGGUCGCUGAUAAUUGUUAUGUGCGCAUCUAUUAUCAAUAUUAUCAUUAAAUUAUUCCAAUCAUUUAAAUUUGAAUUUUUUCGCGGAUAAUUUACGUAACGUCUACGAUUCCCAGUCGCGCGUUGCGGUCGCCGUUUCCGGUGAGUACGGAUUAAAGGUUUUGUUAUCGUCGUCCCGAAUAGUGAUCGGUUCCGUUCGUACGCCGAUGCGGUUUUUCAGUUCUUUGUCUCGGUCUUUGUUUCGUCGCUAUCAUUGCAUUCAUUCACUCGACCGAACUUGACGACGCCGACGCUCGCUUUUCUGUAUCAUUUAUUUUCAUAUGUACUUCUUCAGAUGGUGAACGGAUGUGAAAUGAAUGGGACGGCUGUGACAGACUCGGACGCGACGGUAGGUCCGUCGACGUCGUCCGCCAAGUCCAACAAGCGGCGUGUGCGCGGUACUACCAGCCGUACGGUCACAUUGCAAAUGUUGUUGGAAACGAACAUACUCGAACCGGGCAACUCUGUCCUGUCGCUCGAGUACAUGGUACAUAGAACGGUCUUUGCCAUUUGUCCAUACGUCGAGCAGCAUGCGUUUACUAGUAGUUGAUCUGUGUGGAUUUUACUUUUGUUUUCUUUUGAAUGUGUUUACAACAUUAUACAUCUGACCGCAAUAGCUAGUUUAUGAUUAUACUUGAUUGCACGAGUUUGAAGUUGAAGAUGGCACAGCGAUUAUACAUAAUAAAUAAUAAUUAUGUAUUUUUCGUUUAUGUUCCCUAUUGUGCUCAUCAAUAAUUUUUAUUUUGUUUUUAUUUUUGAGUUUAUUAAUGCUGUGUGAGUAAAGUAAACUAUCAAACGGAUUGAAUAUUUUUAUUCCUGUUUUGAAAUUGUGUUGAAAAGUAUUAUUAUUUAAGGAUAUAUUAAAACAAGAAGUUUAAUAUAAAUGGCCAACGAUUUAUGGGAGAUUUAUUACCAGACGGUAAAAUUCGAUCAGUUGAGACAUUAAAUGAAUUUGCAUCUCCUAGUGCAUGGGCCUAUAACUGUAAAAGUGUAAUUAACAAAAUAAAAAAAGCUGGUUGUGGUUGGUCAUCAAUUCGAUAUAAAGGUAAGAAAUUGGAUGCAUAUAAACAUGCAUAUUUUAGAAAAAGAGAAUCUUCAAGUAUAGAGCACAAUAUAGUUCCAGUGGAAGAUAUUGAAUCUGAUGUCACAUAUGCAAUCCAAAAUGAAGUUUUACCAUUGACUUCACCAGUUGAGUCACCUGUUGCAAAAGAACCUAUUAAAUUUAGUGAAAUUCGUUCGAGAUCUAGUAAUCAAAAUCUAGAUACAUUAGUAGAAUGUACGGAUUGGUCUUACAUUAAUAAAGUGCAACCAUUCCAUGUUAAUAUAUCAGCAAAUGCAAAAUUAUUAUUAGAUUUUCAUUGUCAUUUGAUGAGUUCAGAAGUUGUUGGAUAUCUUGCUGGAAAUUGGGAUUUUUCAACACAAACACUGACUGUAAAAAAUGCAUACCCAUUCAGAAGUCGUCUACAUGAUGCAGAACUCACUUCAUUGAUUGAAGAAGAAAUAAGAAACACAUUUACAGCCAAAAACAUGGUUUUAGUUGGAUGGUAUCAUUCACAUCCUGAAACAAUUGCUACUCCUACAUUAAGAGAUAUUGAAGCCCAACUGGAUUAUGAAGUACAAAUAAAAGGACCUACCGUUGAAUCAUAUAUCCCGUGUGUUGGAAUCAUUUGUUCACCUUAUGAUAAAGACAAAUCGACCCUUGAUUCAACUAUCACGUGUUAUUGGGUACUUCCAUCGUUUGAAAAUGAAAUACACGAUUAUGGACGUCCAAUGAACAUGCAUUUUACUACUAAACCAGAGAAAUCAUUAUCACUAGAUAUUGUUAUGGCAUUGAAAAAGUGUGUUGAUUUUAAUAAAUAUGAUCCGGACAUAAUUAAUUUUAAAGAUAAAUAUAAAAACAAUGUUACUUAUUUAGAAAAAUUAAAGAUUUCGUUGAUGGACAAAUUUCCAAAAGAUGAUACAAUACACAGAUUUCUAUGGAAUUUCUUAAGUGAAAUAGUUUGUAUUGGUAGUUCAGGCGAUACUGCCAAAAACAAUUUGCAAAAUUUGAUUGCUGUAAUCUCAUCUCGCCAACUUUUGCUGUCAACAUCAAGUUUUCAGACAUCAAAUCCUUUAAUUGAACAUUUAGAGUCUUAUUUGCAGUCAUGUAAUGCCAACAAGUUGACAUUAGAAGAUGUUCCUACAACUAGUGAUUGUUCAAAUAUAACCUCAGCGAGUAUUGCUAGUUCUCUAUUUAAUGAUUUAGACUUUUCUAAAGCAAUGUCUCUGAUAGGGCUCUCUCCAUCACGGUAUCAAACAGAUCCUUUAAAAUAGGUUUACAACCUUAAUAGUUUUAAAUUUUUAAUUUCAUUUUUGUAGUAAUUUAUUAAAUAUUACUAAUAUUAGAAAUAUCUAUCUAUCUAUCUAUAAUCAUUAUGUAUUAAUUAAAAAUAAAUACUUUUAAACUAACUUAAUAUCAGUAUUAUAGGUACAUAAAUGUUCGAUUAAGAAAACAAUUUUAUUUUGUAAAUCAAUAUCGAAACAUGUACUGUAUGGUAUUAUAUAAAAAUUUGUUUUUUUAACAUUGUAUCCUAUAUCUAAGUAUAAUUUAACUAUUAUAACAUUGUUUUUCUUGGAAAUUCAAAAUUUGAAAAAUUGUAUUCUGUUGAAAUACAGUAAAAAUUGGUUUUAAGAAUAAGUUAUUACAUAGUUAUUAAUUAUUAGAUAUUUUUUUUUCAAAAUUAUGAUUAUGAAAGACCUACAUUUUUCUACCAUGCCAAUGUUUUUUUUUUUUUGUUAUAACCAGAAAUUUAUGACAAAUAAUUUUGUUAUUAAUUUGUUAUAAAAAAUGAUCCUAAUAUACAAUAUAAUUUUAUUAAAACAAAAAUAUACAAUGAUUGAUUAACAGCCAAUAUUUAUUAUUAUUAUUAUUUUUAAUGUUGAUUAUUUCAAAAUAA